UUCAUUAGCCUAUUCUGUUGGAUCCGACUAAUGAAAUCACUUAGUGUCGAUUUGUGUCAGAAAAUUUAUGUAAAAAGAAAAGCGCCCUAUAUCUAGUUGCACUUGGCUGCACCUGAAAUCCUCUUCCCGUCCCUCUAACUGGCAACGUCUCUCAUGCCUAGGCUCCCGCUCUAUAUCGUAUAACACCAGAUCAGUUCGCGAAUUCCUUAUUCCUGCCCCCGAUCGCCCCUCGACGUGAGUAGUGACAGCCAUUUUGUAAAGCUCGUAUCCGUAGCAUCUUCACACAGAAAGUACGACGCGGGAACGACGUGACGCGUAAUACUAUCCUUGCGUUAAUAUAAUUGUGAUAUAAAUUAAUUUAACGGUUAGAGAGUAUGGGACGUAAGAAGAAGAAGCAGUCGAGACCGUGGUGCUGGUACUGCAAUCGCGAAUUCGACGACGAAAAAAUUCUGAUCCAGCACCAAAAAGCGAAACACUUCAAGUGUCAUAUAUGCCAUAAAAAGCUAUACACUGGUCCCGGACUUAGUAUACACUGUAUGCAGGUCCACAAAGAAGCUAUCGACAAAGUACCAAAUUCUCUUCCUAAUCGGAGUAACAUUGAAAUAGAAAUAUAUGGCAUGGAAGGUAUACCGCCAAAUGACGCCAAAGAACAUGAGAGACAAAGAAACGGGGGUCGGCCAGGAUCGCCAAGCUCUGGAGAAGAUGAACCUGCACCCAAAAAAUCCAAGCCGGAAGGUUUGCUCGGCUCUGCGCCUGGGGCUGUUCCUACUGGCUCUAGCAUGAUGACGGGAGUUAUGCCUGGCCUCUCUGCCCACCAUGGAAUGCCUCCGCACAUGGGACAGUUUCCACCUCACAUGCACCAAAUGAUGGGGCCCAUGGGACCUGUCGGACCUCCUUUCAUGGGGCCUGGCAUGAUGCAGGGGAUGCCAGGAAUGCCUCCAGGAAUGCAGCCACCAGUUUCGGGUGCGUCAAUGCCUUCCAGGCCACUCUUUCCAAGUGUCGUAUCGACAGCGACGUCUUCCACACCUGGAUCAUUGCCCUUGGGAGCUGACUUUAAGCCAAUAACAUCAAUAGCAGGAGGUUCUAUUGGCCCGAUGAAACCGACGUUCCCGGCAUAUGGGGGUGGUGAUAAUGCUGCAAGCCUGCAAAGUAACAGUACAAAUGACCAAAAAGUUAGCCUUAUCGCGACGACUGGCGCUGCUAGCAAAAUAAUCCAUCCCCAAGAGGAUCUUAGUCUGGAAGAAAUACGAGCCAGAUUACCCAAGUAUCAACGUCGCCAGACAGAAGAUACUAGGCCUACGCAAGCAGAAACGUCUCAGCAUGUAGCUGCACUGCAGCACCAACAUCAGCAGCAGCAGCAACAGCAUCAGCAGCAACAACAUCAGCAACAUCAGCACCAGCAGCAUGUUGCUGCUGCUGCAUCUGCUGCGGCGGCGUAUCAAGACCAGCAACAGAGGCAACAGGCAGCCCUUAGUGCACUCCAGCAACAGCAGCAGCGAUUCCAGCGACCGCCUCAGACCGUUAUGGUUCCAGCCUCCGCAGCUAUGCCGGUCAGUUCUGUCGCUCUUAUGGCCCCUCUGAUGCGCCCGACUAUGACCUUGGCUGCACCCGCUCUUAUUCAUGGAGGUAACAUGAUGCGACCGCCCCCCAUGGGCCUGCCUCCAGGUAAGUGUCCAAUGACUUUAUCCCCUGGCCCCCUGCCCCCUUGCCGCCGUCCAUUUUCUAUUUUCCAAAGCCCCUGCCAGCCCUGGCCCCAUCCCUCCGAGCGUCGGGAGUCUCGGGAGACCGAGUUGAAAAUUCAAUGAAAAAAAGAAAAAGAAAUGUAAUGACGUACAAUAAUUAUGGGCUUUCCUAUCACGUGUAGUGGUUGCAUAUUAUACUUCAAAUGAGAACCACUGAUACGAUUGAAGAAAACGUUUCUGGGUGAACGGAUUUGCAGAGAACUUUACCGAUCUUCUCUAUUUUUGAGUUUUAUUUUAUCGACUGUCUUGUGGAGUUUCUUUUCUUUUUAGUCUGAAGGGCGGGGUUGGAUGGACUGAGGUUGCGUUUUAGUGUGGUGGGAUUUUUGAGUGAUGCAAAUCAAUGGAUAGACUAAUAUGAAACCACUACAAGACAGUAACAAUGUUCUAUCGAAUCCAUUAUUUGGUCAGAAAAAGUUUUCUUCAGCAUCCUGGAUCCACUGUACACUUUUAAUUUACGUAUCUUCUUAAUUGCUAUUUUUUUCAAUAGCUAUAUACCCCUACUUUUUGCAUUGGGCGAUUCGUUUUGGGUGUCGUAUGGAUACAGCAGCUUAGUCUGUAGCUCGAUGACUACCGUAAAUAUCUUUUCGUCGCGUCAAUGGCUGUUAUUGCGAUAGUUUGAUGCUGUGUACUUUGAGACGGAUGUAUAUAACAUACUUUCCUUGGCUUCCAACUCGAAAAAUAAUCAGUGUACAGUUACAACAGUCAACGUAAUGCAUCUCUUGCAAAAAUACUUUCCACUUUUCUAAAAAUGUAUAUAAAUCUGGAACAGACAAUAAUAGUAAUGUAUAAGAUGUUGCACUCUUAUCCGAUAUCCAAUUCGAUGUUGACCAAGUCCAGAAUUACGUAAAAUAUGGAGUAAAAAAACCUAUAUAUAUAUAAAAACAAAACAAGUGAAAAACAGAAAAAUAGCACACUCAGGAUUCACCCAUGCGCCGAACUGACGACAGCGUCGUACGUUUACGUUAUAACGGUGCGUUUGCAGGGCGCCCUGUCACUCCUCGGUGAGUGUUGAACGAACGUUCCCAGUCUGGUUACUAAAACCGUGUUUUAUACAAGUGCAACAAGGUUGGUCCUUAGCAAAUAGCAUGCGGUGACAUGGCCUAUAUCUCAUUACUUUUAUUUUAUUAUUAUUGUUAUCAUCGUCAUCAUCGUCAUCAUUCUCAUCGUCAUACUCAAAAUCACGAUAUUUAUUAUUUAUGUCAUUAUCAUAGUCACAAUUUCAGCUAUUAUUAUCGUUACUAUUCUUAUCAUCAUUGCUAAGCGGCAGGUUGCCAAUUUUUUUUGGCUAACAGGCCGAGCGGUCAUUCUCACAUUCUUAAUUACUGACAUUAACAAUUUUCGUUUUCGAGGCUGCAACAUUUAUCACACUAAAACUGUUUAUUCAAUCGCUAAAUGAUCAUACACUAGUCUUAAAAUCGAUUUUUUAUACAUAAAAUCUUGAAUUAUAGUUCUCAGUCUAACAACAAAUCAUGUCCAUCUAUUUAUUUAUUUACUUAUCAUUGACAUAUAUUUCAAUGACUUGUCCGAGAUAGUUUGAAAUUGUAUCACUACGCCAAAUUCAAACAUGUCUUAAUUACGUGGGAAUGAAAAAACGUAGACAUAAAAGUACCUGCUUCAUGCAUUCUAUUACGAAAAAGAAUAGGAUUCUUUGUCAAACACAAUUUAAUUAUAAUAGCUUACUAACUUGGGUAAAUAUGAUUAAAAGACAACUUUUAAAUUCAUGUCAAGUAAUUCUUGAUAAUUCGGUGGAUUAGGUUUUUAACCAGGCGAUCGGUUUAAUCAUAAGUAUAAUAAACUUAUGGAUCGCGCCCGCUCGGCCAUAAUUGAAUAUCAUACAUUUAUUAUUACGUAAACAUACAUAAAUUUUUUGCGGUCGUUUUAUUUUUAAUUUUUUUUUAUUUUACUUUGGUUUUAUUUUUAGCCUCUACUCAUUGUUUCUCUUUACCGUACUAUCUUGUAAUCACUUACCAUCCCAUGCCAACCAUACAUCAUAAUAUAUCCUGUCUCUUAUAUUUAUAGCUUGACUCCUGGUGUUGUGAUACAGUAGUGAAAAUGCUUUUUGGGCACGGUUUUGUCCGUUGUUUGAAAUUUACAACCAAGGUGGCAUCGGUGCAUUUUUCAUGAACCCAAUUUUUAAAAAUUUUUAAUCUUGGAGAUGUUUUUAACAUGGCAUAUAAAUUUCAAAUUAUCCUUUGUUUUCGAGUUUAAAAGUGGCAGUACGGUAAAGUCAGACUAGAUCAAUUAAGAAAGAGUAAACAUAAAUGAAGGUAUUCGAUAAAAAAAAAAUGAGGAAAUUCUUACCUGCAAAGUUUUUUCUCUUUUCUUUUCUUCUACCCAUUUUUGCUUCUGUAUAUUUCAAUUUAAAUUAUUUUCAAUAAAUGUUUUUUGUUUUUGUUUUUAUUUCCGAGCAUAUUACAAAUGAAGGGGACAAAUUUCUCCAAAAAGUAUUUCGUUGUGUUCCAUUAAUUUUUACUGUUUAAACUAUGUCAAUGUUUUGAAUAAUUAUUGCGCGUUCAUGAAAAAUGAUACAAGUAUAUGAAAAAGUCGAUUAUCUUGAUCGUAAUUAUGCUUUUAGUUUUGAAUGAAAUGUUUCAUAAAAAUAAAUUUGCAACACCGAACAUAACUAUAUAAUAUUCACACUAGCCUAGCUUUGUGUCACACAUAUACAUUUAUAUAAGUUUGACCUGACCGACAGUAAGUAACGAAUUCACAUACCAGCAUAUAUACUAUAUUACAUAAUUGGAAUAUUACAUAUAUACAUAUAUAUGUAUGUAUGUUAAACAAUUAAAUAAAAUUAAACCUAACAAAUGGGGAUAUGAUAUUCUGUAGAUAGAAUCCUCAGCGCGAUUCUGCGGCUUGUAAAAUUGAAAGCAAGUGACAGAUGACUGAUUAGAUUUCAUCUCUCAAUGAUUAGCGACUGCAGGCGCAAGUCAUUGCUAGACUUUAGUAUGGUGUGCAGUUUGUGUGGUAAUCGUUUAGCACAGUUUAAUCAUUUGUUGUUGACUUGGCUAAUGUAUACAGCACAUUGCAUGCUGAUUGUUCGAAAUCUACAGUUCUUUCCGUUUUUCCAAAUAAAAUUUAUAUAAAAAACAAUUGGCUAUGCACUGUACAGAAAAACAAAUAAAUUAAUCACUGACAAAAAUCGAUUGCUAAUACUUUGCAUAUUUAGAUCACUUAUUCAAUCAUCAGUCGAUAUAAAACUGUCAAAAGAUGGAACGGAAGCAAUAAAUGAUUUUUUAUCUCAUCCUAUUUUCUGUAUCCAUUACGAUCAAGUCAGCUGUCACUCGAAUUUCUCUUCAACACAGUCGUAGUCGAAUUGCGUUCAAUCCUACUCAGCGUCGUAUACUACAGACACCUUAUUUUUAUAAUUUCUACGCAGAUAUCUUCAAUAAUUCAAGAAAACAAAUUACAAACUUAUUACCAGGUUCUUCUACCCCAUUUACUAUACUUUAUUUUGUAUUCUAUUCUUUCCGUUCUUACCUCGAACCACCUUUACAGGUGAGAGAUAAAGUAUAAAUUUGUGAUUUAAGAAGACGUUUGAUUGUAAAGUAGAAUGCGCUAUAAAUUUUUGUCUGUGUUACGACACGGGGUAUGGAGAUAUAUGUUUAUUAUUCAUGGAGACUGAGGCUGACGUAAGUAUAACGAAAUGCUGUUGAUAUGUUCUCUUUUUUUAAAAUUAUUAUUGUUUUUUUUUCUUUUUUUUUCCUUCUAAAUCUUGUUUUAAAUGAGAGACGUGUGGUGGAUGAGUUGAAUUCAGUCGUGGUUUUUUGCAGGGAUGAUAGGCGCCCUACCGCCGGGUGCGAUGCACCCAGCGUUCGCCACUCCCAUGGGAUUUCCAGGAGCACCAAUGCUCGCCCCGAUGAUGCAUCCACGCUUCAGAUGAUCGCCCCCCUCGGACGGGCCCAACCCACCCCUGCAUUUCGUGCUUUGGGCCCGCCCGUAGCGGCUGGAAUCUGACGAUAUCAUCGAGGACGUUCAGUCGACGAUGAAGUGAAGCCUCGGAAGCCUCCACAUCAGCUGCAUCUAAAACCAUCAUGUUAACACGAAGUUAGCCAAACUAUUUGUUUUUCAAAUAAUAAUUAUUAUUAUUAAUAUUAUUAUUAUUGAUAUUAUGUCAUGAUGUCAGUAACUUCCGGCAGCCGUUGAGAGAAAGAGAGCGAUUUGUUAAUCAUGGAAGUGGGCUGCCCAAGUUUUUGAACUGUUUUUAAGGAUCACAACAGAAAAAGGACAUCUCAUACUGGUUGAACUCAACAUAUCGACGGUUGCGUAGAAUAAUCGGCUAUCUCGAAUUAGGCUUGAAUAACCGGCUAUUUCAAGUAAAGUUCAAAAACCGGCUAUUUCGCGUUUGAAAUUUUUUGGCCGUAAAUUAAGUUUACAAUGACAGUAAAUUGGUAAUGACAUUAAAUGUCACUAUGCCGAAAUGAUAAUCUUUAAUUUCAUCUCAACAUACGCCUGAUGCUUUAUACUUUCAUUUCUGCAUUAUAAUUAUUAAUUAUGUAGAUAACCAUAUAAUACCUACAUUCACAAAACGGAACUUGUAUGAAUUUUGUGAGGCGUUGACGAAUUUCGUAUUCAGCCCGACAGUGCUACCAACUUAAUUUACGGCCGAAAAAUUUCGAACGCGAAAUAUCCGGUUUUUGAACUUUACUCGAAAUAGUCGGUUAUUCAAGCCUAAUUCGAGAUAGCCGGUUAUUCUACGCAACCGUCGAUAUCUUCAUCUUUCACCUCCUCGUUUAUGAUUUUUAUUAACGUAUUCUCGUGGACUCUUAUCGCGCAGCCGAUAAUAAGCGUAUCUAAUGUGGAUAAAAUUAUCAAAACUUUCUCAAUUGCACGCUUAUUAUAUAAUCUAAUUUUUUUUUUUUUUUUUCGUUAUUUCAUUUUAUUUUAUUCUGGUAAUACAGUCGAGUAUUCCGGCAAUGUGACGGAAUGAAAUGCAGACUCACAUAUUCCUUGCUAUGUUUUCUCGUGUUUAUCAGGUCAGUUGAGAUAUAAAAUUAUCGUUUUUCAUUAUUAUUUUUUCGUUUCAUUUUUCGACUUUUCACAUUACAGUUAAACUGUACCUGGGAUUCUAAACGAUCUGUUCGCGCUCUUUCUCACGAUGUCUUUUCGGUUUACUCCCACACACCAAUUUCCUCUUGGAGAGGCUGCUCGCAAACGCGGAUAUAGGUGGUGCUUCACGCUGCUACCAGGAUACAAUAAAUUUCUUAGAACAGCCAUCAAGUCUAACACAUCGGAACUUUCUUCAUUUAUAUUUGAAUAAACAAUAACGAGUAUAUACAUUGCGAUAUUUAUAUAUAUAUUAAUAUAUAUAUGUGCAUAUCGAAUGAACAUUGCAAAAUAGAGUGGAACGUUUUAAGAAAAAAAAACAAUUUCCGCCCGUUUGUAACAUCUAUUGAUAUUUUCGUUAUUCCUCGAGAAGCUUUGAAAUGUAGAUUUUACCCUGGCAUUGAAUUCUUGUUUUGAAAUAUUCUUAUUUGUAAAUAUUUUCAGCUUAUUGCAUCGCGAUAAGGUGUGGUUACAUUUUUUGAUUUUUCUUGUUCUUUUUUUUUUUUCAAUCCUUACCUUACGAUCCGAAAUAACUUUUUCUAAAUCUUCAAACCUUGACAGUUACUUAUACAGAAUACACAAUCUGUAUCAAUUUUGUGAAAGUGUACAAGUCUGGAGGCAGCGUGGAGGCUGAGCCGCCUCAGGUUAGUCUGUCCCAAAUUUUAUUUUGUUAUCACUUUGGGCUGAAUCGACUUUAUACAAACUGAAAUUACAUGCAUUAGCAACCAAGUAUAAAGCGUAUCGGUAGUACGCUUAUUUAAUAUCGUCGAUUCAGCUGAAAGCCUUUCUUCGGAAGAAACAAGUCGGCGACGAUUGAGUGAGUGGUAAGUACGGAGAGUGUUUAUUAAAACGUUAGCUCUCUUCACUCGACUCACGCCGUUUUUCCAUCUCCUAACCUUUGCUCAGUCUUCUCAAGCCAUGGAUUCAAUCAAUUUCAAAAAUGUCUCAACCAAUCGAGACUGACUUUUUAUAUCAACCAUUCUCAUUAUUUCGAUGAAAGUAAUACAUAAUUUAAAGAAAAUUUGUUUGUUAGCACAUUUUUGUUCUAACAAAUCUCAUCAUUGUUAUUAUUGUUGUUAUUAUUAAUUGUCAUGCCCAAAUUUAUGAUUUAUUGUGAUGCAUAGUAAGUAAAAAUUCUUAUCGUUUUACGGACUAUCCGUAGCUAGGGAAGACUCAAUCUCCUGAAACACGACUACAUAUUCACAGUGUCUCUUCCUUUUUUCUUGAUACUCAGAAAACAGCAUACUGUGACCCAUAUAGACAUGUACGUAUCUCUACACAUUGUUAUCAUACACUUACAUCUAGUGGUUAUGUUCCUCGAUAAGUGGAUGGUACUCGGUUAUUCGUGCAAGAGAGUGUCUAUCACCAUCCCGUAACUCCCUAGUAUCCUUUGUUUGCUAUUAUUUUUAUAGAUAAUAUUCACCGUGCAACAAGACCCCACGGUAUUACAGAGACUUUUGCUAUCGCUGUCUGACUUCGAAGUCUUCGGUAAAAUUUGGUAAAUUGUGUAUAAGCGAAAUGGAUUUGCAGCGAUCAGUUAUUACGAGUAUACACACAAGUUAACAGUUGUGAUCAAAGUGUUUUAAUUUCGUUCAUCAGCUAGCUACAAUCUGUAGCUUGCAAUGAAGCGCAGGCAAUAGAUGAGUAAUAAAUUAUGAAGUUGGAUUAGAUUGUCUGGUUUAUCUUCUUUUUUCUUUUAAGGAGCAUCUACAAAAUGUUGGCUAUUCAAUUAUUGACGUGAUUUGUUAAUGAGGGGGAAAAACACAUUUGAUCUGGCUUUAAUCGUUUUCGUCGUCGGAAAACUUUUUACUUAAUUUUUAAAUUACAGAGAUUUAUACGAAUUUUUUACGAUCAAGGCAUUAUAUGUAGACCAGUUCCUUGACUGUAGAAUGUUGGAGUGUUUCAUUUAGGAGAAAAUAUGACUUCAAUUGAAAUGUUGGUAGCUUCCAUAAAUUGAGAAACAUAACCAGUUUACCGAAAUUGAACAUGUAGAAGUUCUGUUAUUUAUUGAGUGUCAUUUAUGAAGUGUUUAAAAAUAAAGACGUUCUGUGGAAAGCUUGAUUAAUUGGACUUAGCCCGCGAUUUCGGGAAUUUACUGAAAGUCUUCUACUCUUUGUUUGCAAAGUCAUGAAAAUAAAAAAAAAAAUUAUAUUUAGGAAGUAAGAUAGAGAUAGAAAACAUAGAGAUUUAACGGAAAUGUGCAGAUUGAUGACUCGUGUAGAUUCCUGGCAUCGCGGACGACAGUCACAUAUUGUUUCACCAAUCACAGCCUUAACUGCUGUUGGACCAUUUCGGUUCCUUGCCCCAUGGCAGGCGAUUGUUUGGACCUACCGUCAUUAAAGUCAACGAAUCUCAACUCCCAGUUUUAUAAAUUUUGAAGCCCAGAAUUAUAAACAUGUGUACCGAAAUUACGAGGUAAAGAACAGACAAAUGAAAAAAAAAAAACGUUUACACAAUUUGUCAAAAAUAUUGUAAUAUUCAGGAAACUUGAGCGGGAGAUUGAGAUGACACCAAACCGAUGAUCACAUUUUUGAAGUACAAAUACCUGAUUGUAGAAUUGUGUAUUUAUGUAUAAUUUAAAAGUGCAAUAAUGACAGGAUGUUCGCGUUGAACAAACGAUUAUAGGCGACCAUAAUAUUCAUUGAUAAACGACGGUGUUAUACCAGUUGCCUUUUCAAUUUCAAAAAGAUCUAAUAUUGUUUUCAAAUUAAUUGUAUUUCUCUAUUUUUAGAUACGAUGCAAUCACUGUUUCUUUCUCGUACCAUUUAUGGUUUAGAAAAUGAUAGCAGGAGGAAGCUCUUUAUACAGGCUUCUUAAUUAUUUAUAGAAAUGUUCAUAGAAGAAGCGAAAUAUAAUUUUGCCGCGGUUGUAUUUGUAAAACUGGAUAUUUUUCACUUGGCUUAAUUGACGCGUGGCUGGACCGAGAAACAAUAUUAGUAAAUUUCAUUAAUUAAGAAUCAUAAAACACCAUAUAAAUUACUCACUUGAUGAUUGGAGAGUUGAGGCGCUGACACUUGAGAACUGUAUUGCUGAAAUUUUGGAUUCUCCUCUUUUCCUUUUUUUUUUUUUUUUUGUUUUAAUUGAAAAUGGAAAUUGGGAUGUAUUAAAUUGUGUUACUUUAAGGAGAUACUCAUUUCAUAGAAAUCUAAUUUUAUGUCACAAGUGUUCGUUAUGAGAAAUAAAACUAGUCCAGUGCGCCGCUCAACACUUCAAUAGAGAAUGCUUAGCCAGGUCUGUGUGUAUCGAUUUCAUUACUAUGCGCAUAUCUACGCUAAUCUAUACAUUUACAUGGUAAUAGAGAAGAUAAUUAUAUGGAUGGAUUUUAUCAGUUCAGUAAGGUAUUUGGACAGAAUAUUAUUUAAUUUAUUUUUUAUUUUAUUUUAUUUUUCUUUUUUUUUUUGUACCAAUUACCUGCAUACAUACAUACAUGUAUUUAUGUGUAAAACUAUCCCUAUGCAGGAAUUGUGCAUAUAUCUACACGAUGCAGACCAAAUUAUAGCACUGUUGAUUUUCAGCUGCAACGAUCCGCCACACACUUAUACAAACACCAAAUGUUGUAUCUCAAGUGUUUUAGUGAAAAAAAAUUAAAUAAAUAAAAAUAAAUCUUCGCAUACAUCUAA